AUGUUUCAUCGUUUUAUAUGCCGUUAUUUUGUCGUGUUAUUGGGAGUACCGUUGUCUCUUUUGGGACAUGAUGAUGGGACAUCUCCUCCAGGAGGUAAGAUUUCUUUUGCCUAUAGGCAAAUCAAACAUUCCUUUAAUUACACGCUUUUAAAUCGUCCGCAAUUAAAAUAUGUCUUGGGGUUCAGAGAGCACUGAUAGCAGCCAUCGCUGCUGUUAUGAAAAUACACACAAGACAUCAUCUCCUGAGUGGACGUACCCGGUGGUAUAGUUCGAAAUAUUGUGGGGCAGAAUUUGAAGAAUCAUACAGUGAGUCUGUAACACUGUUUUGAUUGAUAUUUCCUGUUUCCUUGCAGGAACACCGGUUUUGAAGCAAAAGUUCACCUUUUCAUCCAAGACUUUCAAACAAAGUUUUUUAUCAAUAGACGAAUACUUUUAUCUCACUGCGCCUAAGGUUGGAACAUUCGCGGUAUUCGACGACUUCGAAUGCAUCUUUUCAUGCCUGAGGAAUCCUUCAUGCUGGUCAAUAAACUUGGCGGCGGCAAAGAAACGCGAUGCAAAGAUUUGGUGUGAGUUGCUGUCUUCUCAUAAGCAUAGAUUUCCUGAGGAAUUCAGAGAAAAUAGUACUUCACAUCACAUUUCCAUUAUGGUAGGGCUUUUUCCAACACACACUAUUAUAAUACAGUGUAGUUUAAUUUCUAUGAAUUCAAGUUCUUUGUCACUAAACAUUUCUGCCCGUAAAGGCGAAGAAGUGACUCGUAUCUAUUCAAUUGAUGAGUGUGGUAUGUGUAAGUUUUGUCCUUCUUCUUUUGGUAGUCUCCAUGUUUUUCCUCCCCAUGCCAUAACGGUGGUAGCUGUGUGACAGGCCACAGAGAUCACUCGUUUGAAUGUGUAUGUAAAAAUGGCUUUUUCGGAGAAUAUUGCGAGAAAGGUUUG